GGCACUGAGGUCAACCAAAGCUUGAUCAGGGCAGCUCUAACACCAUCUCCUGGGUGGGCUCUGCUGUUUAACCAGUGAGCUCCCACUGGAAUGCAUGGAGGCAUUAACUGGGUGCCUUUCCUCCACCUGAGGCUACUCCACCAGCCUCAUAGCAACUCCUUUCCACCUUCCCAUCAGACACACAGACAUUUGCCAUCAGCUCUCCUUUACUGAAACCUGGUUUGCAGCUGUGGUUCAGCUGAAGGAUUCUGUGCUAGAUGCCAUGCACCCAUGUGUGUACCUGAGCAGGGACAGGCUGGCUGUGGCAGAAGGGUGCUGGGAUGUUUGGGAACACACAGGAGGGGGACUGGGGCCCACGUAAGCAGCUGGGUUUGCUCACAAGCUGGAGGUGGGACACAGCAGGGGCGGGGGAAAAGGGCUGUGCCCCCAGGGUACGUCCCUGCACUAUAAAAAUUACCUUGGCUGCAUCCAGAGUCAGGGGAAAGCAGCAGCUUCCACCUCUACUACUGACUCCUACAGCCUUGUCCAGGCAGGAGGACCCUGAGCAAAGGCAGGACCUGAGGAUGAAAGUCCAGGCACUGGCAGUCACCACGCUCCUCCUGGGGCUGCUCUGCCCAGUCCCAGCACUGUCUGGCGUACUGGGGAGCCAGGCUGGCACCCUGCAGAGGCAAGCAGCUGCUGGGCUCCCUGGAGAAGCCCCUUGGCCACCUGGACAUGGAGGGGACAAGCUGCCUGGGCAGGGCUCAGAGAGGAGGACCCACCCUCUGGCCAGUGCAUGGAAAGUGAUGAGAGAGGCACACCCCAGCUCCAGGUCCCUCAGCAAGGCCACGGCCGGGGCUCUGCUGGGCAGUGGGGAGCAGGUUGCCCCUGGCAAGGCCUGGAGGCUCCCCCUGCAGCCCUCCCGCAGCAGCACGGCCAGGCUGAGCCAGCACCUGAAGGACUACGGGAAGUUCAACAGCGACACGCACUCCUGCCCCAGUAUCCAGUCCCGGCCCUGCCAGAAGCCCUCUGACUGCGGGGGCUGCCUGGGGCUCUACACCUGCAAGCUGCCUGCUGCCACCUGCCACCUGAAAUCCGUCUCCAGGCAGAGAGGUGGCUUCCUCCAAAGCAUACAGAGCCCUUAGAUGGAGAGUCAAGCUCAUCUUGGAGCAGCACAGCUCAAACUAAAGCUGAAGAGGUUGUCCUGCAGCUGGAGAUCAACACUUUCUGUCCAAGUUUCAUUUUAAAUCCUUAAUGACACAGUUGUAAAUGCUUCUUUCAUUGUACUUCUCUUGCUGCUGCUUUUUAACACCCCCUUUGGGUUUUGUGCACUAUGUAGGCUUGAUUCCCAUUUUCCUGAGAGCAGCCAAUAAAUGCACUGAGUGGU